UGAGAUGCGCUGGAAGAUGAUGGGCGUUAAAAACUUAGUAUAUAAGUGCACAUUGACAUAAUUUCUUCUCUACAACUUCUUAGUAACUCAUCUUCUAUUUUUCUACAUAGCACGUCUUAGAAAAAUUAUAGCACGUCUUAGAAAAAAGAAAAACAACUUCUUAACCAUUCUCUAUCAUGUCUAGAACACAUAGAGAUGCACUUGUCGUCGGUCGGGUUGUCGGUGAUGUUUUGGAUCCCUUCAAUAAGAGUGUAAAUAUGCGUGUUAGAUACGCCAAUAGAGAUGUUAGUAAUGGAUGUGAAUUUAGGCCAUCUGAGGUUGUUAGCCAACCAAGAGUAGAGAUUGGAGGUGACGACCUUAGAACUUUCUAUACCUUGGUGAUGGUGGACCCCGAUGCUCCUAGCCCAAGUAACCCACACUUGAGGGAGUACUUGCAUUGGUUGGUGACUGAUAUUCCCGGGACCACAGAUGUUUCCUAUGGUCAAGAGUUGGUUUGCUAUGAGAGCCCAAGCCCAACAGCAGGGAUACAUCGAUUUGUAUUCGUGCUAUAUCGACAACUUGGAAGACAAACCGUUUAUCCUCCUGGUUGGCGCCAAAACUUCAAGACUAGAGACUUUGCUGAAAUAUACAACCUCGGCUUACCCGUUGCUGCCGUUUAUUUCAACUGCCAGAGGGAGGGAGGCUCUGGUGGAAGAAGACUGUGAAAUCCUGAAAAUUAUUAGGUGCACUCGAAUACGCCGUGCAUCUAUGAGUAUUUUAAUACUCAUUGGUGAUCCCUAUCACAUUUUCUCUUCGCUUAUAAAGGGAAAAUGUGAGAAGGUGCACGAUGCACCUACUAUGUUUUGGUGAAAUCCUCGACAUUUCUUUACUCUACCGUAAAGAGGCCGUCACCAAACAUCUAUAUAUGUACCACACUUUUUAAUGUCUUGGCUAAUACUCCGCAGUAAUCAACACUUCUAAAAUAAAUAACAUUCUACCGAUGAGGUAUUGGCCUA